AAGACAGUCAAAUCCCAAAUAAGGCAUGGACUAAAACGGAAAGGAGAAAAACAAUGAUUCAGGAUAUUCCCACAGGAUGUGUUGGCUGAAACUGGAAAUGAAAGGUGUUGUAGAGCUCGCUGCAUGGGUAGUGAGGAGGAUGUGAGAGAACAACGGAUAUGUUCAGCGUUGUCAUCCACAGAUACUAGGCUACAAGUCACAAUCAAGCACCAUGGGGGCUAGUUUCUGGCUUAUUUUGAUUGUUGUCAAUGACGUGGCUGCCUUCAAGCCUCCACAGCAAUCUUCACCAUGUGAAGUGGUGCAGAUGGAUGUUUUUUGCAAUGACAAGAAUUUAAGAAGCAUUCCUGACAAACUGCCCCCUGGCAUUCAAAAACUUGAUCUUUCCCGGAAUCUGCUCCAGAAUCUCACACAGGAAGUCUUGGCUGUCUACACCAGCGUUCACCAUCUUAACCUUCAUUCCAACAAGAUUCAUUUCAUUCAACCAGGCAUCUUCAACGGCCUUACCAAUCUUCAAGUACUGGAUCUUUCACGGAAUAACCUGGAUGCUUUUGCGGCGCUAAAAAAAGAUGUGGGACGCCUGACCUCUGUGGAGACCCUUGAUUUAUCCGAUAAUGGGUUGUACACAGGCAUGAGUGACUAUUUUCUGCGAGAUGCCCCAGCACUGAUGAACUUAUCUCUAGAUGGCAACAGCCUCACAAAAAUAGACAAGAGCACUUUUGCUGGAUCUUCAGCGCUCAGAAAAAUUCAUCUGCACAAUAAUGUAAUCCUGGAGAUUAAGGAGGGUGCAUUUGAAUCCUUGAAUGACCUCACUGAACUGGACUUGUCUAUGAACUCCAUUACGUGCAUCACUGACUUUAAUCUCUCCCAACUUAAACUGCUGAAUCUCAGCAAAAACAGUCUGGAGCUCUUUCAAGCCAUUGACAUAGACACAGAAUACGAACUCCUUUACUUAGACUUAAGGGAAAAUAAAAUACCUUACUUUCCGGUUCUUCCCAAGAUGAACAGACUUAUGUACCUUGAUUUGUCUAGAAACCGUCUUAGAGGUGUUAAUACUUCGGACACUACUGAAGAGGGCUCAUUGAAAGAUCAGGAUGGAUUAAGUCAACAGGAUUUAUCUCAGCUCAUUUACUUAGAUAUGAGCUUCAAUCAAAUAAGGUCUUUGCCAUCAGUUUUUUUCGAUCGCAUGAUGUUACUCAAGACACUCAAUAUUAGCAAUAAUUGUUUAGAGACCUUCAGUGUUAGCCAUGAAACCCCUUUAAAUUCAUUGAAAACCCUUGACCUCAGUUUUAACGCGAUGCAAAACCUCUCUUUCGAGCACAACACACUUCUCUCAUUAGAGGUGUUGUACCUACAAGGCAAUUAUCUGAACUUGUUGGACUCGAGUAUAUUCCACAGACUGCCUCGCAUAAGAGAACUGCACCUUCAGCAGAACUACCUAAGCAUCUGCGGAUCGCGGCCUCAGGUUAGCCAAAAGCCACAUCACCACAAAUGUGUCUCAUUCUCUUCCAUACCGACACUUCGGUAUUUGUCUCUCUCUGGAAACAGCCUUGAGUAUGUGCCCCAGAAAGCAUUCUAUGGCAGUCCCUUACAGGUACUGGAUCUGGCAAGGAAUCCAGGCAUAUUUAUUCACGAAUAUGCAUUCAGUAGUUUAGAAACAUCACUGACUCACCUGACUUUGAAGGAAAAUAAUCUUCAAAGCCUUAAUACUGACCUAUCUGUUUUAAUCAACCUCAGGUUUGUUGAUUUGUCCACCAAUAUGCUGACAUCCUUUCCUUUGUCAAACAAAGACUCAUCGAUUGAAAUCCUGAAUCUACGAAACAACGGUCUGAUUACCCUAGAUUAUGACACAGUAGUUGCUUUGGAAGGCACACUGAAAACUCUUUACGUCAGUUCAAAUCCCCUCAGCUGUUGCAUUAAUCCAAGGUUCCUCAACAUGGUUCAGGCGUCCAAUGUGAAGAUUCCUGAUCUCGCCAGUGUCACAUGUUUGUACACUCGGGGCUCAAAGAAUGUGGAGAUGAAUAUUGCUAAUGUGUUGCCCGAACACUGCAAGACACUGGACAGUAAAAGCUUGAACAUCCUCAUUGUUGUGGUCACCUCUGUGGGGUUGAUCGUGAUAUUAGUUGUAGCUUUUAAACUUUGCCACAUGAAGAGGAGGAGACACAACAGUAGCUUUAAGGCAUGAACUAUCGCAAUACUUCUAGAAUGUAUUCAAGAGUAAGGGUGGUUCAUUGGAAAACAACUCCACGAAAAACAACCACAAAUAUCUUAGAUAUCACAGAUAUUUUCAACCACUGUGCAUAGACCAACAUGUCUGGACUGUAAAUACAACAUGAAGUAGAAAUCAUUUAUUUGUCAUUACAUGUGACACUUUCAACAUUCAAAUGAAGGUUAUGGGAAUGUGCACUUUUUGUAUAACAACACUACAUCUUUUAAUGUUUGAGUAUUAUAUAGCACUUUAAUGAUUUUGUGAACAUGUGUUGAAGUUUUUCUGGAUUUGUGAAAUUAAUGAGAAUACCAGAAAAACAGGAAGUAGAAUACUUUGUGCUCAUGUUUAAAUUUUAAUUUUUAAUAUCAGUGAAUUACUACAAUUCUAUGUACAGUACCAUAUGAAGGCAUUCGUUUUUGUUAUUUCUGUUUUGAAACUCUACCACACCAUAAAAUACCAAACUGUGAUAUAAUAUAUUUUGUUUUAUUUACUUUCAAAGAACGAACUACACGGAUAGCUUAGAAGUUUAGCUGAGGGAUUAUUUCCAGUGGAAUAAAGUUUGUUGGAACACCUGCA